AUGACUAAUUUGCACAUUCAGAAAAAUGCCAUGUUAAGCAAGACUGAUGAGGAGUGGCAGGGCGGGAUGGUGGAGGUUGCCUCCCCCUGCCACGGGGCCAGCAUGCAUAUAAAAAUCCAGAGCUGCACCGAGCAGGCAGAGAGGAGAAGACGAUCGUCCAGGAUGAGCAGCUUGACCAGAGGAUUUCACAGCUUCGGGCUGCUUUGGAUGUUGGUCCUUAUGGGGCUAACGUGUGGGCGUCAAAAACCCAUUCUCGUCCUCCGGGUGGCGGGCGGAAAGAACGUGCGGCGUGGCGAGUGGCCAUGGCAAGUCAGCCUCCAGUACAAGGGGCGCCACAUCUGCAGCGGGACCCUCAUCGAUGAGCGGUGGAUCCUGACCGCGGCGCACUGCUUCUUUAAGGAUAGAAAACGAAUCUGCCCUGAGGAUUGCCAGGUGGUCCUGGGCCAGGUGAAACUGACAGCCGAGAUGAGGACAGGGGUGGACCGCAAAAUCUCCAAAGUCAUCCUCCACGAGGGCUACAAGGAGGGGUCGGUGCAGAGCGACAUCGCCCUGGCGCACCUGGACAAGCCCGUCAGCUACAGCGGGGACAUCUCACCCAUCUGCCUGCCCUACAGUGACCACCAGUUUGCCUUUGGGACGCAGUGUUGGCUGAGCGGCUGGGGGAAUAUUGCCUCCGAUGUCAGCCUGCCAGAUCCCAUGAUCCUCCAGGAGAUGACCGUGGAGCUGCUGACCGCCGACACCUGCAAUUGCAUCUAUAGCAACUUACGGAUCAGGCAGAUCGUCAACCCAGCCCUGCCCAAGACAGUCUGUGCCCUGAGUCCCAACCACCGGGCGGGCCCUUGCCAGGGUGAUUCCGGCGGCCCUGUGGUCUGCCUGGAGAAGGGUCAGUGGUUCCAGGCAGGAAUUAUGAGUGCUGCUCUCAACUGCGGCCGAUUCGUUGGACCGACCAUCCUGACAGAGACAAGGUCCUAUGCCAGCUGGAUCCAGAAUCAUGUCGAAGGGGCCAGCUUUGCAAAUCAGAUCAAGCCCGUGGUGAAUACCUCUGACAAGUACUUAUGCACAGGAUGUGGGGUGAUGAAAGAGGACUCAGCUGGCCGUGGGGCAGAAGGGCCCUGGCCCUGGUAUGUGAGCCUGCGGCACAGGGGGAAGCACGUCUGCGGGGGCACCCUGGUUGCCGAGGACUGGAUCCUGACGGCGGCGCAGUGCUUCAUCGGGCGCCAGGAAACGGAGGGCUGGGAGGUCCUGCUAGGGGAGACGCUGGAAGGAGGGCAGCAGAAGUGGCAAGAGAAGCGAGCCCUGCAAAGCAACACCCUCCAUGCUGCCUACAUUAACAUGACGGAGGGUUUCGACAUCGCCAUGGCUAAGCUGGCCCAGCCUGUAGUGUUCGGCGACAGCAUCCGCACCAUUUGCGCCCCCUAUUCCACCCACCAGUUCCCCUUCGGCUCUACGUGCUGGACCCGUGGACGGAGGACUGACGGGGACAAGCCGUCCGGUUCUUUGGGUGGCGUGGAGGUAAAGCUUAUCAGCUCCAAGAACUGCAACUGCAUCUAUGACAAGAACAGCAACCCGGGGAGUAAAGUCCCCAUCACCGACUCCAUGAUGUGCGCCAGACCCCACAAAAGCAGCAUGCGCUGUGAGGAAAGUGCUGGAGAACCACUGGUUUGCAACCAUGAGGGGAUGUGGUUCUUGGCAGGCAUCUCCAGUUUUGGAAAGGGCUGCGGGACUUUGGUCCACCCAGGAGUUUACACUUCAGUCCAUGCCUACCAGGAGUGGGUCAUGAAAACUGGCUCAACUACUUACUUUGGUGUGCAAAAGACGCCUCUCCCCGUGGUCCAUGAGGAAGACAGCUGCACGAAUGCAUCUCUUCCAGAAGUGGGACAGCUGGAAUACGAUGCAUAA